AUGUCCUCAGCUUUCCAACAGGCGAACGGUUUUAAACUAGCCCUGGGACUGUCGAAGUUGUUCGAACGAGAGUUUAAUCAACCGGACCUGCAUGACAGAGUUCUGGUGUUUGAUGUUGUCGCUUCCAAGAAACACAAACUAAGCACAUCGAAUGUGAUAGGGAAUAAAAGUAGUGAAAACGAUGUAGUUUUCCAGAACAGUGCGGGUGAGGAUCAACGCGAACCUGGAAAUCAGAGCGGGAAAGUCGACAAUACUAGCGAUGAAAAUGAAACUGGAGUCCACGGCUGCAAAAUACUCCCAAUGUAUGCAAACGGUAAUCGGGGAAAAGAAUUGAACAACUUAGGUGAUCAACACUUUGGAUCAUGCCCAACUGAUGAGGACAAAAGCGCGAGGGAAACGGCAGUCGCCAACGAGCAUGAGAUAACACUUAGUGAAAACGUGAAACUGAAGCGGCGUUCGAGCAAUAGAAGCAAAUUGAAGGAUCAGCUUGAAUGGAAAAUUGGAAAUGAUGAUAAUUAUUUAAAUCGCAGUCCAAAUGACGCAAAACAAAGUGAAAAACCGUUAUAUCCCGGUGAGAUUCCAAGUGGUAGCAAUAAAAUAACGAGUUUCUCUUCCAUUACCAGUGAAGGUCAAAUCACGCAACAACAUAAAUUCUAUGUUCAUAGUUCAUGGUUAGCCGUGCAGAGUUCUUACUUUCGGUCCUUGUUUUUCUCUGAAAGAAAUACGCCUCGACGCAAAGAAGUUCAUGUGAAAAUUCCUAGAAGUGAGGAGAAAGCUCAUUUAAUGUUAUUAGAAGCAAUGUAUAGGAUCCAUUCUCUGGAUAAUGCUAGUGUUGAUGAACUUCUCAAAGUUUUACGGCUUUCUUAUAAAUACGAUGUAAAGUUUGUAUUGAAGAAGUGCGAAUACGGUUUGCAAGCUGCUGUAGUGUCACGUGCAACUUGCGAGAAGAUUGUGCGCUUUAUACGAGUCGAGAAUACGAUUUCUGAUGUCGACGAUCUUGUAAUCACCCUACAGUCGUUCCUGGCUAAAAAAUUUAGUCCUUUAGAUAAAAAAUGGCAGACAAAAGGUUUUGAACAUUUAAAUGUGGCUUCAUUAAGGUAUCUUCUGGGCAGUGAUGAACUCGUCGCAGCCAAGGAAUCAGUUAUCAUGCUCUAUCAGGAACAACACGACAACGGUCGUUGCCUCAACCAGCGACAAGGAAAUUAA